GCCGUCUCGUAUAUAGUUCCUGAUCCUCCUGGUCAUCCCUCGUCUCAGCAGCAAACAUGUCCGACCCUAAACCAAUCUCUAUCUACCCACCUGCGGGGAAAGACGGCGCGCCGUCCCACGCUUCGCUUAGCAAGUCCCAGUUCCCGGCCGAGGCGCUGAAUGGCCAGUGGUUCCUCGUCCGGUCGACGAUGGACAUGUGGAAGACACACAAAGAUACGAGUAUGACGUACACCCUGAGCACGCCGUUCCCCAACCUGGUGUACAACGACAACAAGAAGUUCCGCUCCCUCUCCUCUCCCUCCUCCAAGGCCCCCACAUCGAUCGAUGGGAUCUCUACCCUCCUUCCUACCAUGGGGGGAAGCGAGGAACAUGGUGCCAAUUUCAAGUGGCGGGGUGUGGGUUUCCUCUUGCAGAUGGCGACUUCUACCUGGCAGAUCCUGGGGUACGACCUGGAGGAAGGAUGGUUCGUCACUUGGUUCGACAAGACGCUGUUCACUCCCGCGGGGCUGGACAUCUAUACCCGCAAACCGGAUUCCCUGAGCGCGGAGAGAUUGGGGGAGAUCGUCAAGGCUGCUCAGGCGCUGGAGGGGGAUGCGGGCAGGCUCGCCCAGGGGUUCUUCGAGGUGAAGCAUGG